AUGCUGAGGGGGUACUUGUCUUGUUGUGGCGUUUCCCUUCCUCCGCACCCGUCCCUCUCCGUGCUGCCGCUGGAGUUAGCUGGGGGAAAACUGGAGGCAGGUCUAUCUGUCGUGACAGCCCGUCCUACGAAACUUUUCCGCGUCUAGGCUGUGCCCGAAAGACGGAGACAGUGUUUUAUCUGUGUUUUCGAUGCAUGGGAGUGCCCUGGGAACGGCGAAGGGAGAAGACAGUGCUGGUGGUCCUGACUGUUCAGCAGGAUGAGUGAGGCAGAGGGCCAGUUCUACAGCGUUCAGGUGGGAGACUCCACCUUCACUGUACUCAAGCGUUACCAGCAGCUCCGCGCCAUCGGCUCCGGGGCCCAGGGCAUCGUCUGCUCUGCUCUAGAUACAGUCCUUGGUAUCCCGGUGGCAGUGAAAAAGCUGUGUCGGCCCUUCCAGAACCAGACCCAUGCUAAGCGUGCCUACAGGGAGCUGGUGCUGCUCAAAUGUGUCAACCACAAAAAUAUCAUCCGUCUGAUCAAUGUGUUCACGCCUCAGAAGUCCCUGGAGGAAUUCCAGGACCUGUAUUUGGUGAUGGAGUUGAUGGAUGCCAGUCUAUGCCAGGUGAUCCACAUGGACCUAGACCAUGAGAGGAUGUCCUACCUGCUCUACCAGAUCCUGUGUGGCAUCAGGCACUUGCACUCUGCUGGCAUCAUCCACAGGGACCUGAAGCCCAGUAACAUUGUGGUGAAGUCAGAUUGCACUCUAAAGAUCUUGGACUUUGGCCUGGCUAGGACGGCCUGCACUAACUUUAUGAUGACUCCCUACGUGGUGACCAGAUACUACCGCGCCCCAGAGGUCAUACUGGGCAUGAAGUAUAAGGAGAAUGUGGACAUCUGGUCAGUGGGGUGUAUCAUGGGAGAGAUGGUAAAGGGCAGCGUCAUCUUCCAGGGCACCGACCACAUCGACCAGUGGAAUAAAGUGAUUGAGGUUCUGGGCACGCCCAGUCUGGAGUUUAUGAACCGACUGAUGGAGACCGUAAGGAACUAUGUGAUGAACAAGCCGCAGUAUCCUGGUGUCAGCUUCGCCGAGCUUUUCCCGGACUGGGCCUUUCCUUCUGACUCAGAACAUGACAGACUGAAGACGGGUCAGGCACGGGACCUGCUAUCCAAAAUGCUGGUCAUUGAUCCUGAAUGCCGCAUCUCUGUAGAAGAAGCCCUCAAUCACCCAUACAUUCACGUGUGGUAUGACCCUGGGGAAGCUGACGCGCCUCCUCCCCAGAUUUCAGAUAAGCAGCUGGAAGAGAGGGAGCACAGCAUCGAGCAAUGGAAAGAACUCAUUUAUGAAGAGGUGAUAGACUGGGAAGAGAGGAACAAGAACGGACUGAUGAAAGAAGAUUGCUCAGAUGUGGUGUCCGGUUCAGCCUCCCAGUCCUCAUCAGCCAACGACAUCUCGUCCAUGUCCAUGGAGCAAACCUUGGCCUCGGACACAGACAGCAGCAGCAUUGACACACUGACGGGGCCGCUGGACGAGAGUCAGUGAACACAGUCCAUGGCCACGUGUGGCUGCCUGUCUGCUUGCCUCAGUUCCCCCUUCCCAUUUACAAUAUCCAAAUAUCACUUUCCUUUCUUCUCUUUACUCUCUCAUCUCCCCAUUUUCUGAGAUUUUUUGUCCCUUUUUUUAUCAUGUUUCUCUCCGUUCCUCUUUAACCUCAAUGAAUAGGUCUAUUUUUCUAUUGUUUUUCUGUGUGUGAUGUGACGGAUCUUGUUGAUCGCCUUCAACUCCAGACUUUGUUUCUUUUUGGGCUCCUGCCUAGAGGUCAACGCUAUCUAUUCUAUCUGUUGGGUCAAAGGUUUAUCUUUCUCUUCCCUGUGGGUAUUGUUUAAGUUCAUCAAGUAUAUAUGAUGUACGCAUCCAUAUGGAUUUUCAGGUUACCAGGAGUAGGUUGGGGAUUGUUGUUUGUUCUGUAUGCCUGUAUUUUAAUAGUUUUAUUUUUUUAAGUUGAGACCAGAGGUUAUUAUCAUCAAAUUAGAGCAGACACGCACUGAACAUAGACCACAGCUGCCAGCUGCUCUCAUGCAUGUUACGCCAAUACGAACAAAAGCUUACCAUAAGUCGAUCGCACCAACCAUCUGAUGUCCAUCUGAUGAUCAAACACUCAUCCAAAGUUUGAUCGAUCCUUUAGCUAGCUCACAGUAUUGCAGAUCUCCACAGUGGUGCUUUCUGCACAGUGUUUUAAUUAAUUGGCUUGAGUGAUGUGGAUUAUGAGCUUUCCCUCCUGACAGCUACGGGAAGCUGUGCUUGCAGUGUUACAGUUUUAUUUCCUGAUAUAAUGUACUGUAUGUAAAGAUGUCAUGAUCUGACACUCACAGUGGCUGUAGACUCUUUCACGACUAAUAGAUAAGAUGUGCUUGUUUUGUUAAGAGACUCAACAUAUCUGUAGAACCAUAUAUUGAAAUCACCCCCAUUUGACAAAAGGUACUGACUAACAAUGUGUAUAUCAAAAAUAAUAGAUCAUAAUCCUGUAAAUCUGGGAGAGGCAAAAAGAUACAUGUAGUAUUUAUUUUUGUGUUCUUGCAAAAUGUUGCACACAAUCACAUUGAGGCCCAUGUAAGUUAAGCCUCGUGUCAAAGCAUUUCAUGGACAAAUCAAUGCAUUGGCUGCUCCUUUUCUAAACCAUUCCAUUAGUACUGGAACAGUAACAAAAUUAAUCAUGAAUCAGACAUCAUGUAGAACACACGUAAAGGCAGUAAAACACAAAUAAUGGUGUUGAACUUGCAUGAAGGCAUUAAAUAUGCCAAUAAGAUACUGUAGUUCUUGUUAAAAAGAAAAAAUCUGUUCAGGUCAGUUCUUUCACUUACAGUGAUGUUCUCGGUUCUGAAAGCCUGUUUAAUGCAGAUGUUAUCUUUCUUUCUUUCUUUUUUUUUUGCUUUAUAAGCCUGUGUGUGUGUGUGUGUGUGUGUGUGUGUGUUUGUUAUCGAUGAUGUACUGUGCAGCGCUCUCCUUCAUGAUGUCCGUUGAAUCGUCCUUAAAGACAGUAGUCACCUAGUUGCAAAGGCUACGUCACUGGAGGAAGUUGGCCCCUCAACAAAAAGCAGACGUGGUUUAAAAUGAGGAUGUAACUGUGGAGUCCUGAAUGAAAAUUGCUGGACCUUGGAACCCAAGAUGGAAACUUGAAAUGAACCUUGGAGCUGCUUUUUGCGGAAAUGAUUGCACAGUGUGAUGGACAUGCAGAGAAAAUGACACUAUGGAGUCACUGAGGACUUGAAGCACCAUGUUGUACACUAUAUUUUCCUUUUAUAAAUCAUGACCUUAUUCUUUCAGUCAUGCCUUAAAUGACCAGAGGAGUGGCCAAUUCACUCCCAAAAAUCUUAUCAGAUAAGGACUGAGCAUUACAAUGCUCAGAACAUCUUGUGUGUUUACCAUGUUUUUAAAAAAAAAAAAGAUCCAUUGUAUGCACUGUACAUCUCACAUUUUUUUGUUCAGUUUGUUUCUCCUUUUAUUUUCAGAGAUGUCCCGUGUGAUUGCAAUGGCCACAAUAUAAUCACUUGGCCAACAUAUUUUGCCCUAAUGUAACUAAUAAAGUGGACAUCAGUGA